AUGGCAAGAAGCAAGGCCUGCAAUUUGGCAGCUGCUCUGCUGCUGCUGGUGAUGGUGGUCUUCAUGUGCAUGCCCUACGGUGGGACUGUGGAGGGCCGGCCGGUGCCGAGGAAGGACCUCGACGUUGGGUUGGGUGGCGGUGGGCAGGGGCUGGGUGUUGGGAUUGGUGUUGGUGUUGGUCUCGGGGUCGGGUUGGGGCCUGGUGGUGUGUCCGUGUCUGGUUCUGGGUCUGGGUCUGGCUCAGUGGCUGGGGUUGGCUCUGCCUCUGGGUCAAGGUCUGGCUCGGUCUCAAUUGGAGGAGCGAGCUCGUCAGCUGGGUCCAGUGCAGGUGCUUCCGUUGGAUCGGGUGGGUUAAGGGUAGGGUCCUCUGCUGGAUCUUCGGCUGGAUCUAGUGGUGGAUCGGGCACUGGAAUAGGCAUUGGAACUGGGCAAGGAUCUGGGUCUGGCUCAAGCAGAAAUCCUUAA